CAAAUUUAUCCGUUAGUAAUGUUUCAAUACGUAUAGGCUUUUCAAGUUGCAAACACCAGUUUGACACUGACGAAGUCAGGAGACCUUAGUUUCAUUUCUAGAUAAAAUGUUGGUGUUAGUUCUUGGCGAUCUACACAUUCCCCAUCGCUGUAACACUCUUCCAGCAAAGUUUAAGAAGUUGCUUGUUCCUGGAAAAAUUCAGCAUAUAUUAUGUACAGGCAAUCUGUGUACGAAAGAAUCCUUUGACUACUUGAAAACGCUUGCCAGUGAUGUUCAUGUUGUUAGAGGAGAUUUUGAUGAGAAUCUGAACUAUCCAGAGCAAAAGGUGGUUACUGUGGGCCAGUUUAGGAUAGGACUCUGCCAUGGACAUCAGGUGGUUCCCUGGGGCGACACAGAGAGCCUUGCAUUGGUUCAGCGGCAGUUGGAUGUGGAUAUCCUCAUCUCAGGACACACACAUAAAUUUGAAGCUUUUGAGCAUGAAAACAAAUUUUACAUCAAUCCUGGAUCUGCAACAGGGGCAUAUAGUGCUCUAGACAGUAAUGUUACACCCUCCUUUGUUAUCCUGGAUAUUCAGCAGUCAACUGUUGUGGCCUAUGUAUACAAACUGGUCCAAGAUGAUGUCAAAGUAGAAAGAAUAGAGUACAAGAAGAACUGACAUUGAUUCAAAAUGCAGUACUGUGACAUUUUGAUGUUUAUGUGCAAUAAGACUAUGGAAAAUGUUCUCUUCCUGGUAUUGUGUGUAUAUAGAGCUGUAGACUCAAGUUUAGUAACCAAUUCGAGUAAUAUUGAUAGUGAACAAACUUUUUUAAAAGUUUGCAUUCUCUAUCUACAUUAAUGUUAUUACUUAGAUUUAUCAUUCCUAACAAUUUCUAGAGUUUAGUUAAUAUUGCACUUUUUCAGAGUAGGAAAGUAAAUUCAGGCCAGGACUGAUGAUGUAUUAAGAUCCUAAAAUGAGAUACAGUAAAUGGAAUCUGUUUGAUGUGUGAAGUAUGACCUCAAUUCUUAUAUUAUUCAUUUAUGUAUCAAAUAAAUUAACAUUGAUUGAC